UUUGUUGCCGUCUGUCUUUUACUUUUCCUCCAUCUUUGUCGUCUCUCAUACUCCACUAGCCAUCAUUCCCCAACAAACAUCCCCAGGCACACUAGACAUCUCAUCAUGACUACUUCUAACGGUGUUACCAACGGCCAAAAUGGCCAUGCCGCCGCUCCCAAGUCGCUGCCUACCGGGAUCUACGCUCCUGUCAUGACCUUCUUCGAUCCUGAGACUGAGGAGCUCGACAUUCCCACCAUUAAGAAGCACGCCGUGCGAUUAGGUCAAGCUGGCCUGGCCGGUCUUGUUGCCAUGGGCUCCAAUGGCGAGGCUGUUCACUGCACACGUGAGGAGAAGAUUGCUGUCACAAAGGCCACCCGAGAGGCCCUGGAUGAGGCUGGUUUCCAAUCCGUUCCCGUUUUCCUCGGAGCCACUGAGGGCAGUGUCAAGGGCACUAUCGAGCUGAGCAAGCUGGCCGCUGAGGUUGGCGCUGCUGCCACUCUUGUUCUCCCUCCUUCUUAUUACAAGGCCCAGAUGAGUGAGGAUGCCAUUUACAACUACUUCACCGACCUCGCCGAUGCAAGCCCUAUCCCCAUCGUUCUCUACAACUAUCCUGGUGCUGUUGCUGGUCUUGACAUGGACAGCGAUCUCCUCAUCAAGCUCGGCCAGCACCCCAACAUUGUCGGCACAAAGUUUACCUGUGGAAGCACCGGUAAGCUCACCCGGGUUGCUCUCGCUACCGAUGCCAAGACCCCCUUCCAAGAAGGCUCUGGUUACCUUGCCUUCGGCGGUAUUGCCGACUUUACCAUCCAGACUCUGGUCAGCGGCGGUAGCGGAAUCAUUGCUGGUGGUGCCAACGUCAUGCCCAAGACCUGCGUCAAGGUUUGGGAUCUCUACGUUAAGGGCAAGAAGGAUGAGGCUCAAGCUCUCCAGAAGAAGCUCUCCAAGGCCGACUGGGUACUGACCAAGGCUGCCAUUGCCGGCACCAAGUCUGCUAUCCAGAGCUACUACGGCUAUGGUGGCUACCCUCGACGACCCCUGCCCCGUCUCACCCCUGAGCAAGCCAAGGGCAUUGCUGAGGGUAUCAAGGAGCUCAUGGAGAUUGAGAACUCACUAUAGUUCACGGUCGAUGUUUGAAUCUGUUGUUUGCUUGUCCAGUGGAAAGACCAUUGAUAUGGAUGGGUAUGAAUUUGCAUAGCGUUGCAUUUAAUGAUGAAAAGGACCCAAUGGACUAGACAUGGAUUUGGGUAUGGGCAUGUACCGUCUGGACUUGGUCAUGAUUAUAAAAUUAUGAAUGUAAAUGAACAAAAGGCUUAAGCCGAGCUAUCAUGGUG